AUGGCUGAGCCGGAGUUGAAAUUAAGGAGCAGCCGGGAGAGCGUUGCUAAGGAGAAGAUGGGGGGUAGCAUGGAGACCCCUGAAGCAGAGCCAGACCAAGAUGGCCAGAUCAUAGAGAAAGCUUCUCCAUCCACUCCGAUGGUCGCUGCCUCCUCAAGCUCGCCUGACCCACAGUCUGGCAAAGGGCAGAAGAUCGAACUCAAGCGCAGCAUCACCCUCUUCAACGGCGUUGGCAUGAUCAUAGGCACCAUCAUCGGCUCGGGCAUCUUUGUCACGCCAACGGGCGUGGUAAAAGAAGCGGGGUCGGCGGGACUCUCUUUGAUCGUCUGGUCCGUCUGUGGGGUGAUCUCUACCAUGGGGGCUCUAUGCUACGCUGAGCUGGGCACCACCAUUACCAAGUCCGGUGGCGACUACACAUACAUCCUGGAGGUGUAUGGCGAGCUGGCCGCCUUCCUCAAACUAUGGGUGGAAAUGCUCAUUAUCCGGCCGUCGUCACAGUACGUGGUGUCUCUGGUUUUUGCCACGUACCUCCUUAAACCUGUGUACCCACACUGUCCUGUCCCUGAUGGUGCCGCCAAGCUCAUCGCUUGUUUGUGUCUCACUGCCUUGACCUUUGUCAACUGCAUCAGCGUGAAAGCCGCCACCAAGGUGCAAGACUUGUUCACUGUCUCCAAGCUCCUUGCACUGGUCAUCAUUAUCCUCUUCGGCUUCAUACAGAUCUUUACAGGUGACGUGCCCUACCUGAGGCCAGAGAAUGCCUUUGAAGGCAGCAAAGUGGGUGUUGACAAUAUUGUCUUGGCUCUGUACAGUGGUUUGUUUGCUUUUGGAGGCUGGAAUUACCUGAAUUAUGUAACCGAGGAGAUGAUCAAUCCAGUGAGAAACCUGCCCCUGGCAAUCAUCAUCUCGAUGCCCAUUGUGACGAUUGUGUACAUCCUGACCAACUUGGCUUACUUCACAACCAUUUCUCCUGAAGAAAUGGUUGAAUCAGAGGCUGUCGCAGUGAGCUUUGGCGAGUACCAUCUGGGUGUGAUGUCUUGGCUGAUUCCAGUGUUUGUGGGUCUGUCUUGUUUUGGAGCCGUAAAUGGAUCCUUGUUUACAUCAGCACGUUUGUUCUAUGCUGGAGCUCGUGAGGGUCAACUUCCUGCUGCUUUGGGACUGGUCCACACUGACCUUUUCACACCGGUGCCAUCCCUCAUCUUCACAUGUGUGCUGUCCAUGCUUUAUGCAAUUUCCCAGGACAUCUUCUCUGUUAUCAACCUGUUCAGCUUCUUCACUUGGCUUUGUGUUGGCAUGGCCAUUGCUGGGAUGGUCUGGCUGCGAAUUCGAAAGCCCAACCUGAAAAGGCCAAUAAAGAUCUGUUUGUUCAUCCCCGUGGCUUUUGUCCUGAGCUGUAUCUUCAUGAUCAUUGUGUCCUUCUGGGCGGCUCCCAUCGAGUCAUUGAUAGGCUGCAGCAUCAUUCUCACGGGCAUCCCAGCCUACCUGCUGGGCUACAAGUGGAAGAAGCCACGUGUGGUCAAGAAGAUGCUUGAAAUCUUCACCAUGUUCUGCCAGAAGAUAUUCCUGGCCGUCCCAGAAGAAAAAAAUGACGAACCUGAGGAAUCGGAAUAA